AUGGGAUCAACAAACCACUCAAACCUUCUGCACCUAGCGCAGACUGUUCAGCAAGCUACUGAGACUAUCGUGCAACACCUACAGGCCACCAAGCAGCAGGAACCUUCCUUUGAUCAGAACAGCAAGGCUAUUCAAGGCGAUGCCGAUAUUCACUCCACCAGGAUCCAACUCAACGAUGCAGCACAAGACCUCCUCCGGCUGGUCAACGGCCCAGCAAAUGAAUACCGCUCCUUUUUCAUGAGUCACUACACUCUUGCAGCAUACCAGGUUGCGCUUCAUUUCGGCAUUUUCAGACAUGUCCCCCUCGGUGGCAAGAUCAGUAUUUCAGAGCUGGCAUCCAAAGCUGGAAUCGAUCAAGAUCGCUGCCGUAGAGUGAUCAAGCAUCUUGCAACCCAACGCGUUUUCGAGGAAAUCGAGCCAGAUGUGUUCACUCACACUGCAAGCUCAGCGCUCAUCGCAAGAGACAGCGACAUGGAAGCUAUACUCUGGAUGCAAUUUGAUGAAAUGCUCAAAGCAGCGUCCGACGCCGCUGAAUUCGUUCAAAAUGAUCAGAAUGGAUCUGCCGAUGCUGAUUCGCCGUUUUCUACGCGCCAUGGCACACCGCCGUAUCAAUUCUACGCCGAGAACCCUGAGAAAGGCCUCAAUUUCGCAAAGGCUAUGGCUGCGUUGACUCAAAUGGAUCGCUCAAUCUCUGCACUUCGCGAUGGUUUCCAGUGGGCUAAGCUUGAAGCUCCUGGGAAGGUUGUCGAUGUUGGAGGUGCGAGUGGACAUGUUUCUAUGGACCUAGCGGCUGUGUUCCCGAAUCUGACCUUUAUCGUUCAAGACUCCAGCGUUGAAGCUCUGGAAGAUGGAAAAGCAAAUUUGCCAUCUGAGAUUGCAGAGAGAGUCUCGUUUAUGCAACACGACUUCUUCAAGGACCAACCCAUCGCCGACGCAAGUGCGUUCUUCAUGCGUCAGUGUCUUCAUAACUGGAGAGAUGAAGACUGCAUCAAGAUCCUUCGGGCCCUCGUCCCAGCAUUGGAGAAAUGCAAACCUGGUACUCCUCUUCUCAUCAACGAGGAAGUCUUGCCAGAACUGAAUGAGGUUUCAAAGUAUCAGGAACAUUUAUCGAGACAGUGUGAUAUGUGUAUGUUUGUAGUCGCAGGAUCAAAGGAACGGACUAGGGGAGAUUUUGAGAAGUUGCUUAGGGAAGCAGAUUCUAAAUUCAAGGUUGUCAAGGUCCAUAGGAACAGCACGAGUACGAUGGGCCUUAUUGAGGCAUAUCUUAGCCAAUAA